ACGUAAAAUACGUAUCCGAAUUUAGUUCUACUAAUGCACAUAGUUAAAAAAAAAUAAAAAAUAAAAAAUAAAAAUUAUGAAUAUAUUAUCUAAAAAGUCUUUCUUGAAACAGCGAAACAAGGUUGAGAGAGAGAAAAAAAAAUGUCGGACGAGGAGCAUCAGUUCGAGUCGAAGGCCGACGCCGGUGCUUCAAAAACCUACCCUCAGCAAGCUGGCACCAUCCGCAAAAAUGGGUACAUAGUUAUCAAAGGGAGGCCUUGCAAGGUCGUUGAAGUCUCUACUUCGAAGACUGGCAAGCAUGGACAUGCUAAGUGUCACUUUGUGGCGAUCGACAUAUUUAAUGGCAAAAAGCUUGAAGACAUUGUCCCGUCCUCCCACAACUGUGAUGUGCCUCAUGUCAAUCGUACUGAUUAUCAACUGAUUGACAUCUCUGAAGAUGGUUUUGUUUCUCUUCUGACUGAAAAUGGAAACACCAAAGAUGAUCUUAGGCUUCCAACUGAUGACAGUCUGCUUGGUCCGAUUAAAAGUGGGUUUGAGGAAGGAAAAGACCUCGUGGUGUCGGUCAUGUCUGCAAUGGGCGAAGAGCAGAUCUGCGGCCUGAAAGAUAUCGGCCCCAAGAAUUAGAUAUGUCGCUUCUUAUUGCAAUAUGACAUAUAUUUCCUAUUAUGGGUGUCAAAUGUGUAUUUCAUAAAUUUUUAUUUGGCUUUGUUGAUGGGUGAAACUGAUACAAACAGUGAUGAUGUUGAACUUGAAGCACAAAUUCAAACUUACCUAUGGUAUUUCAUAUUCGUUUUA